AUGCGCUCUACCACCACAGCCAUCGCCCUCCUCUGCGCCCUCGCGGCCCAGUCACUGGCUCAGAACAACGGUAUCACGCCCUUAACAUGCCGGCAAGAGACCGUUGAAUGCUCGUCAAACGAAGACUGCAAUGCCAAAGGCACGCUGGGAGGGUUCCCCUGCCCGGCCGGGUCCGGCCAGAACGACGCAGACUGCUGGGUCGCGUCGUCCAGCGAGUCGCCUUUGAUGACAGUGAGCGUGAGUUCAAAGCCCUUCAUCCGCACUCCCCUCAAAUUCCAAUGGUUCUGA